GACGAGGAUCAGCAGCGUCAGAAUGAGCCUGGGAGAGAUAGAAAGCGGUAGAGAGUCAGAGGGGAGGAGAAGAGAUCGUUGUCGAGGACUAAAAGGACUACCAGCAUGCGGACCAAAGUGGAUCAUAAGAAAAGAACUAAUCAGGAAUGCCCAAAGAAGUCAUCACCUGCAGAAAGUGAGAAAGGCUCUGACAGUGAUGUCCAAUAAGUGUUGGCUAAACUACAAAGGGGAUCAAUAAUGGAAGAAUCCCCAGAGUUUAUUGGCUAUUGAACUUCUGUCUACAACUUUUAUAUACAAAAAACAAAAAAAACGUUCUAAAUCUGCUACAAAGACACUUGGAUUCAUUCUGGUAAACAAAGGCUGGAACUUUUUUCUCUCUGUUGGAUAUAACCUUGCUGAGGCUGGCUGAUGUCAUCGCUAGCCUCCAUCCCUUUCAGCUCCUCCGGGGGCUGAGCCAAUCUACAGAGGAGCAUGGGCAGGAGAGUGGCGGAUCCAACUAAUCCUGUGCCUGCCCUGGGAGUUCCUCUGGCUGGGGGGCGAUGGGGUCCACUUUGCAGCAUUGGGGUGCAGACAUCUCCCAGAAUGCAGACUCUUCCCUUAAUCAAACGACAUGGCAGCCAACAGCCCAACAUGCAUCAGCCCCUCACCAUGGCAACAGAACAAGCACUAGCAUCUGGCACAGGAAGAACUAUCAGAAGUGACAGCAAGAGCCUGCCAGUGUCAAAAGAGACAUCUCAGAACGAAAUCAACAGCCUUACACAGGACGACAUGGGGUCCCAAGGGUCAGGGAGUGGAGUUUAUUGCCAGAUUAGGACCAUGCAAACAAACCCCAAGGAAACAAAAGACAAAAGGACAACUCGGUAUAUUAAUGGAAGUGUAGUAGCCUCAGAUUUGGUGGGAGGGGUUUGCAGUGAAGCUACAGAAGAUAAAGAGCCAGUCCAAGAGAGGAGAAGGGUGCAGUCAUUGCGAGGAGACAGCCAUCGCUCAGUGUUAAAAACAUCAAGUGUUUGUUCAGCUGCACACGCCACCACACCUCGGCCCUGCCGAAUAAUGGCAACCUCGCCACAGCGUCUUUGUGCGACAUGUGGGAGAAGACGGUCUCAAAUUACACAGUGCACAGGUGCUUGUCGCAGGAGAGCAGUCAAUCAAAUAACAGCAAGCCAGACUUUACCAAAUCCAGCACGGAAAACAUCUGUAGCUCCUCCCCAGUCAAGAAAAGCCUCUGCUGCUCUGAGCUCUCAGUCUUGUUCCAAAAGCACAGACAGAGCCAACCCACAGCAGCACACAUCAAAAAAGACUGCUCAAAUAGGCCAGCUGUCCCACACAAUGCCAAAAACACACAGUUCACAGUUUAACCACACAGUAAAUAGUCAUAACCAAACAAAAGACUCAAAGCUGCAGUUAAGACCCCAUUCUGCAGACUUUACAUGUUAUAAGGACUCAGCCACACAAACAUUAGAGACACACAUAGACUCCAACACAAACAGGACAACAGCUAACACAACACCCACACAAAUCACUGAGGCAACCCCACCACAUCUAACAGAUAAACCUGAUCACAAUCAGAAUCAAAUCCAGAAAACUAAUGAAUCACUCCAAAACAUUUCAAAGGCUCAAACGCCAUGCUCCCUCCGUGAGUCAAAAUCCAGCAGCAUCCCACUUCUUCCACCAAAACAGUCUCCUAAGGCGACCUGUCCUACACCAGCUGCACCAGCAGAGCAAAUCAAAAACCAAGAGGCCACAAAGUCCCCUAAACAAUCUUUGGAAAGGAUCAAAUUCAAGGAUACAAAGCAGAAGAGCAAAUCAUUUGAUGACAACACUCUGCCUUGUAAGACUCAUAUGAAAGCACAAUGUAACGGAGCACCCGGUGGACUGUUAGACAGGACUUCACUGAAAGCGCCACCUGGGCUGGAGAGGCAACUGCAGAGUGUGGAGGAGAACCUUCUGUCAAAUCAGGAGAAGAUCAAGGUGCUUCUCAAUGUGAUUCAAGACCUGGAGAAGAGCAAAGCUAUGAUGGAAGGUCGCAGCUCAUACAGAACUGGCCAAGACAUAAACAACUGCUCCACCUGCCAGAAGACAGCCUGCAUCAUUUACAGUGUGGAGCAUGAUUUCCGACAGCAGGAAGGACGUUUUCAAGGGGUAAUUGAAGCCCUAGAAGGGGAAUAUGAUGUGCCUGCCCCAACUCAGACCAAGCCCACACCAGCUCCUUUGUCCUCCAGCCGCCCCAGCACCAAGGCACGUGUCAAAAAACUGCGGAAGAAGUGUUUCUGGUGGCUCUAAGUGUCAAAAUCUAAUACAUCUUCCUGGGCAGCAGGUGCAUAAGACCCUUGAUUUUAUUUCACAUGAGCCAAAACUUUCUGCUGCUGAGGAACUUUUUCAUACAGAUGUACAAAGAACCCAAGUUUGAACAUAUUGAAACCAAUAUGUUUUUUCUUACAUUUUCCAUGUAAUAGGAUUAUUUUCACAGCUUCUCAUUCAAAGGCCGGACAGAAUACAACAUUGACCACAGAGAAGAAAAAUGGGGAUGGAAAGAAAUGUUUAUCCUAAUGAGAAUGAGAUUCUCAACCUUAGAAGAUGACCCCUUCUGCAGCAGGAAAAAAACGUAAGGAGUUGAUUUCGCAACUAACUUACAAUUAAAGUAAUGAAGCUACUUUUUAAACCAAAGCUGUAGAGGAUAACUGAGAAAGACUUCUGAUAUCAAAUGGAUUGAGAAGCCAGCCAGCUACAUGGAUUGACAGAUCUAUGGAAGGAGACGCAGCAAUAAGCAGCAGACAUGAUGUAAAACCAAGGAAAUAAACUAUUUGGGAAAUUCAUUUGGAAGCUUUUUUGCUGAAAUAUGAAUGUACAACCUUUAAAUUACUAGAGACAUGUUGGGGAAUAGAAGCAGAUGACCCAUGUGGAAACGGUGCGCUUGCUCAGUGGAUCAACAGCAUAAUAGAGAUUCCACAACGAAUACAUUAAGAGACAAUGUGAUAGACAGUUGAUGAAAGACUGACAAGUCUGUGUCAGAUUAUUAAAAAAUUCUGUCAACACCGAC